AUGGGUUGGUCAGUUGGGGUGUCUGAUCACUGGGGCAUCUGUAUAUCUAGUCACCUGAUGUCUGAUCACUGGGGCAUCUGCAUAUCUAGUCACCUGAUGUCAGAUCACUGGGGCAUCUGCAUAUCUAGUCACCAGAUAUCAGAUCACUGGGGCAUCUGUAUAUCUGGUUACCUGAUGUCAGAUCACUGGGGCAUCUGUAUAUCUAGUGACCUACUGGUUUUAUGGUUCGUGCAAGCUAAAAGCAUCAACCAGAAGUUGUCCUGCCAGGUACGCCACAACGACUGUGUGAUGAAAGAGAAAUGUGCCGACAUGGCUCGCCUACAAGAGGAACUACUGCAGCUGAAGAUCCAGGCGUCGACCCAGCCCGUGGAGGUGUUCCAGUUGAAGGAGAUGAAGGAAACUAUCGCAGGGUUACACGUUCGCAUCACAGAUCUUGAGAAACAGAAAGCAAUGUUACAAGAGGAGCUCAAACAAGAAGAGGAAAAUUUGAAGCAAGCCAUGACCAGUGUCCACAUGGCUCACAGUCUAGCCAACAAACACCUGGACAACGCCAACAAGUCCAAGGCAGAGGUUGAGAAGAUGACCAAAGAGUGUGAGAGACUCAGUUGCCAGUGUACUGAGAUGGUCAGACAACUGAUGGACACAGACAAGAGGCUACAGGAGCAGGAGAACUGUUUCAUAGAGGACAGAUCUAAGUGGGCUGAUAAGGAUAACCAAAUGGAGGAAACCAUGAAAGAACUCUCUGAUCAGCUGACCACUCUGACACAUGCAAGGACAUGCCUAGAGGACAUGAAUGAGCAGCUAAUGGACAGAAACCAGGAGAUGACCAACACUAUCAUCUCCCUGAGGGCCAAGCUUGAAGUCCCAAUGCUAGACAUCUCCACACAAACAGAGCUUUCAGUGUUUUCUCUGGCUGAUAAAGCCAGCCAAUCGUGUCCUGAUCUGGCUGCAGCCAUAACACAAACAGCCAUAGUCCAGUACACUCACCAGGAGGUCCAGUCCCCCUCAGUGAAGUCUGUGGGCUGUGCUGUACAAACCAUCACCCCCCUAACGCAGUCGCUGGGCUGCCAGACAGCUAUGUGUGUCAGUGAUGGACAGAGGAAGGAUGUAGCACAUAAGGUUGUUCAGACAGUCCCCACUGCAGUUGUUGCUCCUGAGUCCUUUUGGUCGUGUGCUGAGAAAAGUUUGGUCAGUUCGUCUAGAGUUCUGGAGUUUGCUGUUGUCAGUUCUAGUGCAAUGUCCACUUCAUCAGGACAUUUUCUGGAUAACAACAACAGCAAAAAUACAGAGGGACAUUUGAGGAAUUAUACCAACACAUUAAAUGAUAAUAACAACAUUAACUUGAAUAACAUUAACCCCAACAAUUUAUAUAAGAUCAACACAACUGCAUCAUCAAAUAGCAAGUCUGAAACUCUACAUCACAUCAAAACCACCAACAUUAACACCACCAACAAUAACACCAGCACUUCUCUGUUCACUGCUUCACACACCUUGAGUGUUGAUACUGUUUGUGAUUCUGAGACAUCUGAUGAAUUGAAUGAUGAAAGCCUACCAACCAGUACCAGCCUGUGUUAUGUUGAUUCAAGUCAGUCCCAAUGCUAUAAUGAAGACUUCACAUGCCACAGCAUAAGAGCAUCUCACAGCAGUGAAGUAGAACUUGUUGAGCUUGAUGACAGUGAUGAAGAGAUGAAAGACUCAGCAGAACAAAAAGAUAACUCUGAAGGAUGUGUACAGAACCUAGAGUUACCCUCCCCUUUCACUUCUAAACACAGUCUUACCCCGGCAAUGUUUGUACCAGAUUUGUCUGUCUAUGAUCAGCAGAAACCUGCAGGGAAUAUAAAUUAUCCAGCAGAUAAAUAUCUGCUAGAUAAUGUUGAGGAGGGACAACAAAAAGCUACUGCACCAAGGAGGAUAUCUCUGUCCUUAAAGAUUUCUAAGUGCAAAGAAGCUGGUGGACCUUCAAUGGUGACACGAGAUGGAAUGGCAAAGUGGCACAUGAAACCAGAAAGGUUAUCCGAAGUUUCAAACAUGAAUUCAAAUACAUCAACAGUUGCCUAUACCUCCAACACAACAUUAGACCUUCCAUCAAAUACAUCAGUUACUUAUACAUCCAACAAAAUAUCAGACAAAUUAUCAAGUACAACAACAGUAACUUACUCAUCCAACACCAAAUUAGACCUUCCAUCCAAUACAUCAUCAAUUACUUACUCUUCCAACACCAACCUAGACCAGCCAACCACAAAUGUAAAAGGUGUCCCACCCAGCACAUCAGAUCAACCCACCAAAGCCCAGCUAUCCUACGCCUUAGAGUCAUGGGAACAAGAGCAGGGCAGUUAUGAGACAUCAAACACAGGCAAGUCACCAACCCAUCCUUUGACAAAACACAGUAGGAACAAAAUCCACACUCUAAAGCCAGUAACAUGUCACCCUGACCCCUCACACUGGACUCAUCAAGGUGGUAGAAACAAGAAGCGACCUUCACCUCAAACAUCUGUAAAUACUGACAAAAUUUCUAGAACUUCACCAAAGGAUAAAAUCUCACUGCAGCAUUGUAGUGGCACCCUACCCCACCCUUUCACAACCAGCAGGAAGGUAUCUAAGCAUCCACAGUUUCAAGCCAAGCACCCAGGCAAUAUGGAAGCCAGCAGUAAAAAAACAUCUGCUGUUAGUCCCAGAGGAAGGAAGAAGAUGAGUUUAUUUCAGCCUCUUUUCAUUCCUAAAGUGUCUAAAGAAAUCAAAAAUGAGCUUUUGCCUAAAGGAAUACUGAGAGGACCAUACAGUCACAGAGCACCUGGCAACAAAUCUGUCAACUUCCCUGAGGAAUUAGAGAUACACAUGCAGGGAUUAACACCCAGAAGUCCAGACACUGCCCACACAGCCUGCACCUUAUUCUCUGUGAUAUCUGCCAGUAGAGGCUCCACCUUAUCACCUGCUCAUCAUCUCUCAUCAUCAUCUCAUGACACCUGUCAGUCUGAGAAGGGACUGGAACCAUCUGAUCUUUGUAUACCUGAGACACCUUCCAGAGAUGUACAAGACGACUCACCUGAGUGCAGUGGUCAAGCUGGUGACCACCCAGCUGAUACGCAAGAACAAGCCUCUGGAGAUGAGGGUGGUAACUUUAUAUCUGGUUGUAAGAAACAAAGAUUAGGAAGUUUUAGUUUCUCUAAUGUUGGUCACUUUAAUGGUGGAGCUUUUGACUGCUUUUUGGAAAGUCUUGAGUUUGGGUACCUUUAUAAAUUGGCACCUGACUUAGGCCUACGUUAG